AUAUAAUUUUUUUUACGGGGACAACCCUCGGAUAGGGGGGGGACAUGUCUCCUCCGUCCCCCCCGGGAUUUACGCCCAUGGACAGGAGGAUUAAAGAACAUGAUCUCAGCUAAUGAAACAAACUUCUUGUAUUUUUUUUCCAUAAGUAGAAACAAAUGGGUGAAACACAGAGGGAAUUUCAGCAGACAAUUCAGAUGAGGGAGAAGGAGCUGCAGGAGCUGAGAGAGGCUGUGGGCUCAUUCACAAGUUCAGCACAGUCAGCAGUGGAGGACAGCGAGAGGAUCUUCACUGAGAUGAUCCGCUCCAUUGAGAGAAGACGCUCUGAGGUGACAAAGCUGAUCAGAGAUCAAGAGAAGGCUGCAGUGAGUCAGGCUGAAGGAGAUAUGGAGAGACUGAAGCAGGAUAUUGAUGAACUGAAGAGGAGACACUCUGAGCUGGAGCAGCUUUCGCACACAGAGGAUCACAUCCAUGUCCUCCAGAUGUGCCAGGGUCUGCCUGUCACUCCUGAUCCCGGAUUUGGACCCAGAAUCUCUGCCAGUCCACACUAUUAUUUUGAAAAUGUGAAGAAGGUGUUUUCUGAACUGAAGGAUGAACUGGAGAAUGUUUGUGAAAAGAAAACAGCAGAGAUCCAUCAAACAGUUGCCAAAGACGCCUUCCUACCAGUAUUAGUGCCCAGGACCAGAGCAGAAUUCUUACAAUAUUCCUGUCAACUCACUCUGGACCCCAACACAGCAAACAGACACCUCCAUCUGUCUGAGGGGAACAGAGUGGUGACAUGGAAGGAAGAGACACAGUCAUAUCCUGAUCACCAGGAGAGGUUUGACUCACUCUGUUAUGUGCUGUGUACGGAGGGUCUGACUGGGCGCUGCUACUGGGAAGUUGAGUGGAGCGGGGAUGAGGUUGGUAUAGCCGUCACAUAUAAAGGGAUCAGCAGGAAAGGAGGGAAUAAUUCCAGCAAGAUUGGAUUCAAUAGCAAGUCCUGGCGUUUGUGCUGCUCAACCUCCAGUUUCUCAUUCCUGCACAAUAAUAAGAAGAGUGCGGUAUCUGGCCCCCCCUCCCCCAGGAUAGGAGUGUACCUGGAUCACAGGGCAGGAACUCUGUCCUUCUACAGCGUCUCUGACACAGUGACCCUCCUGCACAGGGUCCAGGCCACGUUCACUGAGCCCCUCUAUCCUGGGUUUCGGCUUUAUAAAAGUACAGCCAAACUGUACUAAGUAAGCUAACAAACGUCUCUUUAAAUUUGAAGUAUUUAACCAUUUGUGUGAAAAGCUGAAAUAAUGAAUAUGAAAAUAAAUACAAUAAAAGUACAAUUUACAGAU